CAAGUUGUAAAUAGUCCUUGACUAGGGGCGCAAGGCCAACAUUGAUCUAAGCGCUUGUAAAAGCCAAUUUAAAGCUUUCAGCUGUUAAUUCGAGGUUUUGCAAAUUAACAGGGACUAUUGCAGUGAGUGUUACUGAUCUUAACUCUGACUCAAUCAUGGGUUGUGGAUUAAUCCAACGUUAUUUCACAGUCGCAGUUGGUAUUUUUCUUGCGGUAGCACAACUGGCAAAUGGCCAAAACAGUGAAAGCAAUGCGCAGCUGAUUGAUGCUCUAGCCAAAGCCCAAGAAAGGCAGAUUAUUCACGGAGAUGACCCGACCUCUGUUGAGGAAUCACCCUCGUUUGCGAAUCGAGAAGAUGAGAUCAAGUGGAAGCUUAACAAGGCCAAAAAGACACUUCACAAAGCGAGGCAAUUAGAAAGCCUGGCUAAAAAGGCCGCAGUGCAUUUCGGAUACUACACGGAUACAAAACAAAGGCACGGGGUUGUUUCUGAUUUGUUAAGCAACGCUGAAGACGCAUUGUUAGAAGCUGGUGACAAAAUGGGUUUUGAUUAUCAGAAGUUCUAGAAGUAUGUUCAUUCGCACUUAAAGGCAAUCGAAUGAAACUCCAGUGGCUUAAGUCAAUUAAUAUCAGCCAAUCGACAAGCGUGUGAGUGCAAUCAGGCUCACUUAUUGGCCAAUUGUUGACUGACAGUAAGUUUAAUUGAUUAUCUGUCAAUGGUCGACCUAUAGCUAGCCAAUUUAGUAUUUGUUAAGAAACUUCGCUAAUGUUUUUUAGGAAUUCCCAAUUAUUUUGACUUAUCAGCGCGGGGUAGGAGAGUCAUGUUUUUUCCUCGAAAACAGCAUUGUCAAAUCCCUAAAGCUGUAAAGUUAUUGUUUUCAAUAACUUGAUCAAGGCUAAUAAUAAAUAGUAGAUUUUCCAUUUCAAUUUCUGCUGCAAGAAAAUGAACAUGGCAAUGGUUGGAUAUGAAAGUUGCUAGUGUACCCAAUGGCGGUACUACAUCCCCCUUCCUCCAUUUUUUGGUAUGGGGUGAUAGGAAAAAUUUCUGGUGAAUUACUUCGGUUAGCCGCAGUUGGCUCCCCAUUGGAAAAAUAGCCCUCUUAAUUGUAAAACUGGCAUUACUUCCGCAUUGGUUCGGCAUGCAUGCAACCAAUCCUUUUUAGUUCAGUCCCAUCUUGACCCUUUACAGGUUUUUAGGGAUAGAUCGAUACAGCUUUACAUCUGUUUACUGGAGAGCAAAAGCGAUUAAAGAAAGAAAAAAGCUAUGUUAAUCUUGUAUCGUUUUAGGAAUUCUGGGAAAUCUUUUAGGCACAGCAAGGCUAUCUUAGAAACAAUGAUCCAAUUGAAUUGAUGCUUGUUUUCUAAAAUCUUGGAAGUUAAAUAUUAUCUUGAAACUAUUGGCGAGAUGAACCUCUAGAUUGCAAAAUUUGCAAUAUUGUAUUUUAUGGUUUGGAAGCGUUCUUAAUUGCAAAGGGGCUAAACGAAGCUAGAGGUAUUUUUGACACAUCUUAUGAGAGCAGAUCAAAAAUAUUUGCAAGACGAAAAUGUAUCGAAUGGACAGGAAAUUCAAUUCUAAGAAAUUUCUCAUUGCAAUUGCAAAGAAAACUCUCAAAAGUCGAAACAGUCGUUGUUGAAAUAUUUUGUUCUGUUUGUAACAUAAUUUUUGUAGAAUAUUUUGUAAUGUCAGUUUAACUGUUUGAAUUAGGAUCACAAAUGAAUGUAAACAAAAUUUGAUAAAAAGAUAGCGAUGCGUGAUUAAAAAAGAAAUUACUUAGCUUUUUAUUCGAAGGUGUUCGAUGAAUGCUUUCAAUCUAACCAACAAUUUACCUCGUGAUAACAACCUAAACGUUCAAUUUACCGUGUUAACGUUUGCAAACCGUCAUGGGAGAGUUUUUCAAGUAAAACGAUACGUAGGAAAGGCGUGUCAAAUUAAAGUACUAUACACAAUUUUUAUGCACUGCUUUCUCUGCAUAUUUUUCUUCUGAGAUGAGUAGACUUCUGUCAAUACUCUCCAGUGUCAUAGAAUUAAAUCAACGUGGGUAUAAUUGAAUUGUGUCCUAUAAUCAACACAAGAGCAAUGGUUUUAAUUAGAUUUAAGCAAACCAUGGAGGUAAAAACGCUACUUGGUUUGGUGGAGGGUCUUAGACGACUCCUUAUCUGCUCCAGCUGAGAAAUUUCUGCAAAGAUUUCCUAAAAAACGGUGAUGAUUGUCUUACAAAAGCUUAAAAAGUGCAGUUUGCAGGAUGCUAGAAAUGCUCUUUAUCAGGAUCUGAUCCGAUCCCCGAAAGAAGAUUUUUAUGAAUGAAAGCAAGAACAGUUUUUCUAAAAAUUCGCCAUUCAUUCACAAGACAAACCAUGUCAGAGGAUACAGGCUUGCUUCAAUCGAAUUCUUAUAAAUUUGAAAAGCAAAAAUUGUAUUUUUUUCCCAAAAAUCUAGAAAAGCAAACUUCUUUAAAACUACUGGAAGUCUUUUAUGUGGCAUGUGAGAUUCAUGCUUGAAGAGGUUUUCAAAUCGUCUGACUCUAAUGCCCUACAAGAGCAAGUGUAUUGACUUGUACUGAUUCGAAAGGCUGCUUUUAUAAUAUAGUAAGAGGAGUUGCGAAGAAGAAUUUGUGAGCCGCAUCUGACCAGCUUUGUUUAGGGCUAUGGUAGUAAAUAAAAAAUUAACGACUCGCAGGCAAUGUUGAAAGGAGCUACACAGAUUGUAACAAGGAAUCCAUGCAUUCCGAUUGUUGGCUAUCGGUUAUCUUAAGGAAAAGAAAUAACCAUGCUAACUCACAAAUCUUUGAAUUCGCUUGCCCAGAUUGCUUGAAAAAUUAUUCGUCUGAUAGAGAAUGGUUUCUACAAUCAACAGAAACUAACCUCAAGGUACCGUUACUAAAUACGAUCAAUGGACAAAAUGCCUUUUCUUUCAUGGUGCGAAAUCUCCCUAGAAAUUUUGAAAGUACAAAUUCAGAUGCGAAUGUAGCUUUAAUUCCAUUUCCCUUCUUUUUUUGUUUCACAUUAUACCAUACCGUGUUUUAAAUUAGGAGCGAACAAACAAAGUCAUCUUUCUUUAGAUGUUUGGAAACUGUCUACUUCUAAACAAAAGAUCCGUCUUGUGAAGAGAUCCGUUUUUUUCUUUUUAACUUCUUUACUAGGUGAGGGUUAGCGUUUGCUGAUUGGUCAAAAGAGAAACCAAUCAAGAGCGGUCUGGAUAUAAAUUAAAAGAAAAUGAAAACGCGGCAAAUUAAAAGCUUUUUGCAGAAAUGUUUGCAAAAUAAUGCAUUGUGCUGGCGAGAUUGCCUAGGAUGAUGCCGGUGUAAUAUGCGUUUUGGUACCCUAUGCAAAAAUGUAACAUUGUGAAACGCGAUGUG